AUGGCAAAUAUCGAAGAGUGGCUGGCGAGCGCCAACGAUGCGAUUCACAUCAGUCUUCUGUCCCCCUCCGAGUCCGGUCUUCAACACAUUGCGACCUUCAAUCCUCGACACACCUAUUCCAUAUUUGGUGAGGACGAACAGAUCUUUGGCUACAAGGACCUCAAGAUCAACCUGCGAUAUCGCGCCAACGAUAUGCGACCGCACUUGAAGACAUCUUACAGCAAGAAGUUCAAGGCGGUUGGAGGGCCCGAGCCAACAGAGGUGGCCGCUAUCCUCGAGGAUGGCAAUCAUCUGCCUAAGAUUGCUUUCGCCAAAUCAAGCGACUUCGAGGACAGCUCCAAGCAAAUGGGUGACAACUGGACACCCCCUGGCAAACUUCACACAACCUUCGAUAGUCCCGAUGGUCAGUACGAGAUCUGGCGCGGAAACCUCGCCGAUCCAGCUAUCAAGCAACUCAACAGCCGUCUGCAACUAUUCGUACCUCUCUUUAUCGAAGGCGGCACCUACAUCGGCCAAGACCCUGACGAGGACUCAACCGAGCUCGACUUGUCCGAUGCUGAUCGAUGGACGUUCUUCGCCCUUUACCAGAAGCGAAAAGUGCAAGACAAGACCGCAUAUGUGUUUGUAGGCUACUCGACCAUCUAUCGCUUUUGGUACUUCCAGUCACCCACGCCCCCAGCAUCACCACAAAACGGCGAUUGGGAAUUGCCAACCGGCAGCGUCGACCUUGGGGAGCUCCCCUCCAGAACAAGACUAUCGCAGUUUGUGAUUCUGCCUCCCUUCCAAGGCAAGGGUAACGGAGCGCGACUCUACAAGACCAUUUUCGAAUACUACCACAAAAUCCCACAGACUUAUGAAUUUACUGUGGAGGAUCCCAACGAAGCAUUCGAUGACUUGCGAGACAUCUGCGACUUGCAGUUUCUGCGCACUAUGCCCGAGUUCAACAAACUGCGGGUUGACACCAAGGUCGCCAUACCCAAGAAGGGAACACUCCCAAAGCUCAUUGUUGGCAGCGAAAAGCUCGAGGCCAUUCGUCUCGAGGCCAAGAUUGCCCCUCGCCAGUUUGGACGAGUCCUUGAGAUGCACCUCAUGUCCCAGCUUCCUGAAACAGUGCGACCAACCAUGGCGAUUGGCGAGGAUAAACUAGCUGCGACAAGUGCCGACAAGCACCAACAGAAGGUCUGGAGCCUGACUGUGAAGCAGCGACUCUACCGCCACAACAAGGAUCUACUUUCCCAAAUUGAACCUGCUGAGCGUGUCGAGAAGCUUGAAGAUACUCUGCAAGGCGUUGGGCUGGAGUAUGCGCGUAUUCUGGCCGCCCUUGAGCGCUCAGAGAAGUAUUCUCAUGGCCAAUCAACGGCAAAUGGCAAGCGAAAGCUGGAUGCGGAGGAGGAUGGGCAAGGUUCCAGCAGCAAGAAGGCUCGAGUGGACGAUGCCUAG